AUGGCAAGUUUUGCUGAAGUAUUCCUGAAAUCAUUGCCAUGGAGACCAGUCAAAACUGCUGGUAGGAAAAGAAAACCACAUCCUUCCGAGUCUCAUUUAGUCAACGAAUACCAAGAGCAGUCUCUAAAAGAGACGAUGUGCUGCACAGCUCAACCUAGUGCUAGCUUCAAAAACUACAUUGAUGAUGACAUUGAAGGAGGGAUGAGCACAUCAGCUGAUACAAGCAAAGCUCAAAUGGCAAGUUUUGCUGAAGCAUUCCUGAAAUCAUUGCCAUGGAGACCAGUCAAAACUGCUGGUAGGAAAAGAAAACCACAUCCUUCCGAUUCUCAUUUAGUCAACGAAUACCAAGAGCAGUCUCUAAAAGAGACAAUGUGUUGCACAUACCCGAAUCUAAAGAACCAAUUUCACAUGAAGGGGAUUGGAUACUACCCGCUUUGUAUACACCUGAAUGACGUUUACAGCAAAAGUCAUCCAUUUCUCAAGUGCGUCUUUGGACAAAAACGAAAGCCUUCUAAAUGGGAUAUCAAUAUGCAGAUGUUCUUGUUUGCAAUCAAUGCGUUGUGUUCACGGAGCACAAAGAGAGAGUUUGCCCUACGUUCAGUGGCAGGUUGCACCGACAACCAGCUCAGAAAGCUCAAACCUGGCCCCAUUCUGAGAGCUAUCCCAGAUAUUGUGCCAACCAACGGCUCCAAAAGCGCCAAAUUGUUGAUCAAAGUAAAGACAGAUGACACUCUUCCGAGAGCAAUCCAAGAUCUUGUGCCAGCAAAUGACUCUGAAAGGGGCGAACUGUUGAUUGAAACGAAGUCACCUGCCGCUUUUCUGAUAGGUAUCCAAGAUAUCGUACCAUCCAACAACUCUGAAAGCGGGGACUCGGGUAUCUCUUGGAUUGAAGAAGCAAAUGAACCUGAAGUGGCAGUGGAUCUUUUGCCAGAAGAAACCAUGCACAAGGAAGACAAACUUGUUGUGGAAAUCUUUUGCAAGAGACUCGCAAUGGACAAGAAUGAUAAGAGUUCUAUAAUAAAUGAGCUCUGCCAUCUUAUCACCAGUAAGACUUUGGAGGAAUCAAAGACAUCACAAGAACAAAUCUCAAAACUCAGUUUCAAAAAUACGAAGAAUCGAGUGAUUGAAAAGCAUUACGCCCUCUUAUCUCAGCCAGCAAAAGACUUCACUGCCUUGACGCAGUCGGCCAAGAAUCAGAAAGCCAAUCACAUGAAGAAUAUUGUUGCUUGCUUGGUGGGUUCAGAUAUUGCCCAACAACAAGCAUUGCUGGAGUUGGUUUAUAGAAAGUUUGAGGACCUUAUACUUUUGCACAAGGAAGACUUCAAGUGGACCUAA